ACUUAUAUUAAUUUGGUAUUGCAGCUAACAUCCAAAUGGAACAGUACCAAAAAUUGUUUGUGAAAUUAAUGUAAAAGGCAAACAUACCUUAUGCUGACGGGGCCUUUUGAUUGUGAGACGUGUUGUAAUAUGAACCUAGCACAAAUUAUAGCAUAGCCCCACCUACCUCCUCUUGUAUUCUCCUAUAUUUGCGCCUUCGGUAACGUUAGUCUCAUUGACUAUAGUCUUUUGUCGUUCAACAACACAUACAUAAAACUAGUUGUGCUAAGUACUUUCUUGCCUAUCAACUUGCAUCCGUUAAGAAAUACGAGUUCGCGAUGAAGAUCUUCAACUGGGUUCAUCGUCGAUUUCAUCACAAAUAUGAAGUUAGCCAAGAUGUAAAGAAAGCCGAAUUUACUGCGAAUGGGAAGGAUAAUCUAUCACUUCUUGAAAAUGAAGGAAUGGAUGGUGUGUUUGAUGGUUGGAAAGAAGGCAUACUUGCUAUUGGGACAUUUGGGUUUGAUCCUUCGUUAUUGAAAGAUUUCGAUCAUGAAGACGACGACACAUACUUAUGUGAAUACACGCGUAAAGAAUUAUCUAUUGAUCAUGAUGAGGAUAAUGGUGGAGACCAAGAAGAAGAAGAAGAAGAAGAAGUUGAGUUUCCAUUGGUGUUCAAAGCUUGUAAGUAUGGAUUCUUUCAUGAUCAAAAAGAUGAUCACACGCAAUGUGAUGACGUUUGUAAACCUAAUGAUCAUGAAGACUGUGUGGAUGAUCAUACUGACCAGAUGAAAAAGGGAAAGAAGGCUGGAGAAAGAACCACUCUUGCUGAUCUGUUUUUGGCUGAUUCUGAUAAGAACUUGUUGAACAAGAAGUUGACUGAUGAAGAUGAUCAAGAAGUCAAAGUCCACUACAUACCUGAAUCCAACAUAAAACAUACUUCAUAUGAUGAAAGGGUUGCUUUGAUCUCUAAAAAGAAGAUAACGAAAGAUGUUGCUGCUCGCCCGAUCAAGAAAAUUAACCGAAUGGUGAGGAAAAUGUUAAAGAAGAAGAUCCAUCCCGACGUCGAAAAUCAAAAGGAUAAAUGCAGGUUUGAAGCCAUGCGCGUACAUGGAUGAGUUAAGAACGCGUAGUAAGUAUUGACCAUGGAGGAAAGUGCUUGCCAUUAUAUGUUGCUGAAAGUUAUUGAUUAGUUUGCUUUGUUCUUUCCAUUGAGCUUGUGCUGUAUGUUGGUUUCUCAUGUUCAUGAACACUUCAUGUUCAUCUGUAUUUUUCAUAUUUAUUAAUUUGAUCUAUGGAGUGAAUGCAUGCUUGUAUACCAAAAACUUUUUUUUAUAGUCAUAUUUCUCAAGUUCAUGUUGC